GAAGCGAUGAUAUAAGCAGCCGACUGGUCUCACUUGAUCACUCCAGUCCCCGUCGAUAUGGCUGAGAAGGAGGCUGCUCUUGCUGCCGUUCCCUCCGAUUCCCCCACCAUAUUCGACAAGGUCAUCAACAAGGAAAUACCGGCUGAGGUGGUGUUUGAGAACGAUAAGGUCCUUGCAUUUAGGGACAUCAGUCCCCAGGCUCCAACCCACAUUUUGAUCAUUCCCAAAGUUAGAGAUGGUUUAAUUGGAUUGUCAAAGGCAGAAGAGAGGCACUGUGAGAUUCUUGGUCAGCUUCUGUACACUGCCAAGCUUAUUGCUAAACAGGAAGGCCUGGAGGAUGGCUUCAGGAUUGUGAUCAAUGAUGGGCCAAAAGGAUGUCAAUCGGUGGAUCACAUUCAUGUCCACCUCAUUGGAGGAAGGCAAAUGAACUGGCCCCCAGGCUAAUAUGUGGGUAAACAAAGUCUAUUGUGAUAAUCUUCAUCAAACUUAUACUUGGCUUGUAAGGUGUUGCUUUCUGUAUUAUUGGAGAUCUAAAAUUGGACCUUUUUGUUCAAUUAUAAAUGCCACAUGAUACACUGCUUGCCAUUGGUUAACAUUUAACGCUUUAUGCGAGUUUGAUUUGUGUUU